CUGUCCGGGCUUGGGGUUGGGGCUUGGGAGGAUUGCACAGUCUUCAGCAUUUUCAGGCUCCUAACAGCAGAGAAUCGGACUAAAGGGAUGGCUGUACGUCGGAAAGACUCUGUUCUUUGUGCUGUGGCUUUGCUGAGUGACUAAGUGGAGCCCUAUCAGCCAUGGAGGAGAUGGACAGUAAACCCUAUCAGCCAUUGUCUAAGGGGCGACAUGAAAUGGAGAUGUCCUACACCAGCUCAUCCGACGAGAGCGAGGACGGCCGCACUCACCACCGCUCCUACACCUCACGUGAAACCCUGCCCGACUACACACACGAGCUUCGCCUCACCCUCGGUUCACACCGGGAAAGACAGAGCAACUUCAGCCAACCCCAAACAGAAUUAGACUUCUGUAAAGCCGGGCAGAUAAGGAGCCCAGAUUACCACAUCCACCAACAGCAGCAGCAGCAGCAGCAGCAUCAGGAGGAAGAGGAGGAAGCACUGUGCUCUGGACCGGCACACGGCCACAGUCGCGGUUACUCCCUCGGUGUGGCUUCUGACGUGGACACGGAACCGGAGGUGGACCCCUCUCCUGCUCACGGCCUGCAGCACAUGUGGAUGCGUGGCCUGAAGUCAGAGCAGAGCUCCUGUCUCACAAGCCGUGCCAACUCUGCACUCUCUCUGACUGACACCGAGCAUGACAGGAAGUCUGAGCCUGACAACGAGCUGCCCAGCAGUCCAGGUGGUCAGUUCACGUUUCGUCCGCUGCCCCCACCGCCGCCGCCGCCACACUCCUGCACUUGUGCCCGUCCGGCACCGUACACUCAGGUCAGCCUGCAGAGGAAGACCAUGCCAACGCGGUGCCAAGCCAGUCAGGGGGGCCAGGGGGCGGACUCCGGCUCCAGCACAGACCAGGCGCAGCUUCACAACAGCUGGGUGCUCAAUAGCAACAUCCCCCUAGAGACCAGACACUUCCUGUUCAAGCAAGGGUCUGGUUCAUCAGCUCUACUGUCAGGGGCGGGCCAGGGAUACCCGCUGACUUCUGGGACGGUGUACUCCCCUCCACCGCGACCUCUCCCUCGUAGCAGUGUGACGAGACCACUGUUUACCUUCAACAAGCCUCAUCGCUGCUGUAACUGGAAGUGUACAGCCCUGUCUGCAUCCCUCCUCACUCUCACGCUGGCCCUGCUGCUCACAUAUGUCAUUGCGGUCCACCUGUUAGGUCUGACCUGGCAUCUGCGGCACGGUGAGAGCCAGCUGUAUGAAAACGGCCUGAGCUCAGCGGACCAUCAACAAGGCGAUGGUGGCAAAACCAGGCCUACUAGUUCCAUCCAUCUGCUGGACACACUCAACCCUGAAAACACACAUGCUGGGGACAGAGAGAAGUGGGUGAGAGGCCGUGCCAUUGACCGUGGCGAGGUCGACAUCGGAACUCAGCAGAGCCAGGCGAUCCCACCGGGACUUUUCUGGAGGUUUCAUAUGACUGUGCAUCAUCCGACCUACGUCAAGUUCAAUCUCUCUCUUUCACACAACGCACUGCUGGGGGUCUACGGACGCAGGAACAUCCCGCCUACACACACUCAGUUCGACUUUGUGAAACUGCUGGAUGGGAAAGCCCUGCCCAGGUCCUUGACUGAUCCUGUGUCAACUGCAAAAGCUCCCAAAGGUCUGCUGUUGAGCGGCCUGCAAGAAACGGGCUUCAUCGAAUAUAUGGAUCCCGGAACGUGGCACCUCGCUCUCUACAAUGAUGGACGUAGCCUGGAGCAAGUCCUACUCCACAGCACCCCUAUCGACUCGAUGGACGGCUGUUCAACAGACUGUAAUGGUAAUGGAGAGUGCGUGGCUGGACACUGCCACUGCUUCGCUGGAUUCUUGGGUCCCGAUUGUGCCAAAGAUUCCUGUCCAGUGCUGUGCAGCGGCAAUGGUGUGUAUGAGAAAGGAAGGUGCGUUUGUUUGCCAGGGUGGAAGGGGGCGGAGUGUAACGUUGAGGAAGGUCAAUGUAUCGAUCCCACCUGCUCCAACCACGGCACCUGCAUCCAGGGUAUCUGCAUAUGCAGUCCGGCCUACAAAGGCAUCAACUGUGAACUAGUGGACUGUGUAGAUCCCCAAUGCGGCGGCCAUGGCGUGUGCGUGCGCGGGGAGUGUGUGUGUUCGGCAGGAUGGGCUGGAGUGAGCUGUGAUGACCCGCUGCCAGCCUGUCAGGAGCAAUGUUCAGGACAUGGCACCUAUCUCCCAGAGUCAGACACCUGCGCCUGCCAGCCCAACUGGACGGGGCCAGACUGCUACACCGAGCUGUGCCCAGUGCCAUGUGGCAGCCAUGGUGUUUGCUCAGAGGGCCAGUGCCAGUGCGAGGAGGGUUGGAUUGGCGCUGCGUGUGACCAGCGAGCUUGCCAUCCUCGCUGCGAAGAACACGGCCAGUGCCACGAUGGGACCUGCAUCUGCCAGCCUGGUUGGGAGGGAGAGCACUGUAACACUGUUACUCAUGAUUUGGACGUCGUAGUGAAAGACGGCUGCCCGGGGCUGUGCAGCGGGCAUGGGCGCUGUACCCUGGAGCACAGUGGCUGGCGCUGCAUCUGCCAGCCUGGAUGGAGUGGGCCUGGUUGCAGCGUUGUCAUGGAAACUGACUGCAGUGAUGGAACUGACAACGACGGAGAUGGCCUGAUAGACUGUGUAGACCCGGACUGUUGUGAGCAGCUGAGCUGCGGCUCUGACCCGCUGUGUCACGGUUCGGCCGAUCCACUUGCCCUGCUGCAGCAGAGCCCGCUACCCCCCACCGUGCCCCCUGCACCCACCAGCACACACACUCAUAGCUUCUACCGUCGCAUUCGCUUUCUCCUUGGCAAAGCGGCCACACACACUCUCCCUGGAGACGUGCCCUUUGAUACCAGUCGGGUAGCUGUGAUUCGAGGUAGCGUUGCGCUGCAAGAUGGCUCUCCUUUGGUUGGAGUGAACAUCACCUUCCCACAGCAUCCUGAGUAUGGUUACACAAUUAGUAGGCAGGAUGGAAGUUUCGACUUGGUGACCUUUGGUGCCACGUCUGUUACCCUCAUGUUCCAGCGCCCGCCGUUCCUCCCACAAACACGUACCGUCUGGACUCCAAACAACAACUUCCUGGUUCUGGAUCAGGUGACCAUGUCCAGAGAGGAAGCUCAAUCUCCUAAAUGUGACAUCACUAGUGUUUUGAGCCCCUAUCCACUGGUUCUGCCCUACCCACUUCCCAGAUACACAGGAGCAUGUGCAGAGAAGGGACCAGCUGUGCCCGAACUACAGGCGGUUCAGGAAGAAGUUUCAAUCCCAGGAGCCUUUGUGAAACUGAACUACUUGAGCACCCGUGCUGCGGGCUACCUCUCUCUACUGAGAAUCCUCCUCACACCUCCUUCCCCUUCAUCUCCCGUUUCCCCCAUGGGUGGGCUUUCCAAGGUGCACGUGCAUGCAUCUGUCCAAGGAAGGUUGUACCAGCGAUGGUAUCCUGCUGGGCCCGGUCUAGUCCACAGGCUGGUCUGGAACAAGACUGAUGUGUAUGGCCAGGAGGUCUGGGGCCUGACACAUGCAACUGUGUCAGUCGGUUAUGAGUAUGAGUCAUGUCCUGGCAUCAUCCACUGGGAAAGGAGAACAGCUCUGAUGCAAGGAUUUGAACUGGUCCCCUCCAACCUCGGAGGAUGGUCUCUGGACAUACAUCACGCCCUGAACAUACGCAGUGGUAUCCUUCACAAAGGAAAUGGAGAGAACGUCUUCCUCUCCCAGCAGCCCCCUGUCAUCAGCACUGUUAUGGGAAACGGUUUUUAUCGUAGCGUCCCCUGCGGACCGAGCUGCAACGGCGCAGCUCGGGACAUGAUGCUGUUUGCGCCUGUGGCUCUGGCCAGCGGUCCUGAUGGCUCUCUCUACAUUGGGGAUUUCAACUUCAUCCGCAGAGUCCAUCCUGAUGGAUACACCAGGACCAUACUGGAACUCAAGAACCGGGACACAAGACACAGCACCAGCCCUGCUCAUAAGUACUACCUGGCCAUGGACCCUGUGGGCGAGGUCCUCUACGUAUCUGACACCAGCGGUCGCAGAGUUUACAGAGUCAGGAACCUCGGGCAGCCGAAAGAUCCAUCACGCAACCUUGAGGUGGUAGCUGGAACAGGAGAGCAGUGUCUACCUUUUGACCAGAGCCACUGCGGAGAGGGCCGGAAGGCCACUGAAGCUGCACUCAAUAACCCUCGAGGUAUUGCGGUGGAUAAGAGAGGUGUUGUCUACUUCGUUGAUGGCACCACCAUUCAGAAGAUUAAUGAGAGGGGUUUGCUCUCCACUGUGAUUGGUUCAAACGGACUGAUGUCGACUCAGCCGCUAAGCUGUGAUGCACGCAUGGAUAUCAGCCAGGUGCGUCUUGAGUGGCCGACAGACCUCGCCAUUAACCCACUGGACAACUCCCUCUACAUCCUGGACAACAACAUUGUCUUACAGGUGUCAGAAAGUCUUAAGGUGCGAAUAGUGGCAGGACGUCCAAUUCACUGUCAGGUCCCGGGUAUUGACCACCAUCUUGUGAACCGGGCAGCUGUGCGCGCCACCCUGGAAGCUGCGAAGGCCAUCGCCGUGUCCCACCUUGGAGCACUGUUCAUCGCUGAGACGGAUGAGAGGAGAAUCAACCGCAUCCAACAGGUGUCAACCAAUGGGGAGAUAUCAAUCAUCUCUGGAGCCCCAACAGACUGCGAUUGUAAGAUAGACCCCAACUGUGACUGCUUCUCUGGAGAUGGAGGCUACGCUCGUGACGCUCGUCUCAAAGCCCCCUCAUCACUCGCAGUGGCCCCCAAUGGCACUCUGUAUAUUGCUGAUAUGGGCAACAUCCGGAUCAGAGCUGUCAGCCUCAACCAACCUCAGCCAGGCCCAAGUGGACUGGUGGAGAUCAGCUCCCCACUAGACCAGGAGCUCUAUCUCUUCAGCCAGAAUGGCUCCCACAUGUACACCAAACACCUGAUCACCGGUCACUACCUGUACAACUUCUCUUACGGCACGGACGGCCAGCUGUCUGGGAUGACAUGCCGCGACGGCCGCGGCCUCCAAGUGAGGAGAGACGCUCAUGGAGUGCCUCUCUGGCUGGCACUACCUGGUGGACAGGUGUACUGGUUGUCCCUUAGCAACAGCGGAACGCUGAGGAAGGUGUCAGCCCAAGGCCAUGACAUUGCUCACAUCACUUACCAUGGCAACACAGGUCUCCUAGCAACCAAGAGUGAUGAGAACAGCUGGACUAUUGUUUAUCAGUAUAACGGUGAGGGUCGGGUGACCAACAUCACCUUACCCACAGGAGAGGUAAGGGGUUUCCAUGGCAACCUGGAGCGCUGGUCUCGAGUGGAGGUUGAAGCAUCCAACCAUGAGAACUUUGUCACCAGCACCAACUUGUCUGCCAGUGACACCAUCUUCACAUUCAAACAAGACCACGCUCAGAGUACAUACAGAGUCAGCGCUGACGGCUCUUUCCUUGUGACGUUGGCGAGUGGGAUGGAGUUGUCGCUCAGCACCGAGCCCUUACUCCCAGGAGGCAGCGGGGGAGGAGUCAGCCCCAUCGCCAGCCGCUGUAACAUCAGCCUGCCCGGAGACCACACCCCCAGUCUGAUUGAGUGGAGACAGAGGAAGGAGCAGAGCAAGACCAACUACAGCACUUAUGAACGCAGGCUCAGGGCACACAACAGAAACCUGCUGUCCAUAGACUUUGAUCAGAACACCAGAGUAGGGAAGAUCUACGAUGACCACAGGAAGUUCACCCUCCACAUCCAGUAUGACCUGCAGGGUCGACCAAUCGUGUGGUCUCCCAGCAGCAAAUACACAGAAGUGAACAUCAGCUACUCCAGCGGGGGCUUGUUGUCCUCCAUCCACCGAGGAGAAUGGUCUGAGCGGUUGGAGUAUGAAAGCGACAGAGUGGUGUCCAGAGCCUGGGUCAAUGGCAAGAUCUGGAGCUACACAUACGCAGACAGAUCCAUAAUGCUGCUCCUGCACAGUCAGCGUCGCUACGUGUUUGAAUACGACCAGACAGACCGCUUGGUUGCAGUGACGAUGCCCAGCAUGGUGAAGCACACCCUGCAGUCGCUGCUAUCCAUUGGCUACUACAGGAAUAUAUACACUCCUCCUGACAGCCAAGCCUCGUUCACGCAGGACUUCACCCUGGAUGGGCGGCUGAUCAGGACUCGGUACUCUGGUACUGGACGCAGCAUCAUCUACAGGUAUACGCCAGCAGCACGUCUCUCGGAAGUGGUUUAUGACUCCACCCUGGUGACCUUCACUUACGAUGAAGCCUCUGGCACUGUCAAGACUAUUCAUCUAACCCAUAACGGCUUCAUAAGCUCCAUACGAUACAGGCAGACAGGCCCCCUGACAAGUCGUCAAAUCUUCCGCUUCAGCGAAGAAGGUCUGGUCAACGCCAGGUUUGACUACAGCUAUAACAACUUCAGAGUCACCAGCAUGCAGGCGGUUAUCAACGAGACCCCGCUGCCCAUUGAUCUGUACCGCUAUGUUGAUGUAUCCGGACGAGUCGAACAGUUUGGCAAGUUCAGUGUCAUCUUCUAUGACCUCAACCAGGUGAUCACCACCCAUCUGAUGAAGCACACCAAGGUAUUCAACUCCUAUGGUCAGGUGGUAGAGGUCCAAUAUGAGAUCCUUAAAUCUAUCGCCUACUGGAUGACCAUUCAGUACGACUCAGCAGGACGCACCACCACCUGUGACAUCAGGGUUGGAGUGGACAGCAACGUGACUCGUUAUACUUAUGAGUACGAUGCAGACAGCCAGCUGCAAAGCGCCUCAGUCAAUGAGCGGCCUCAGUGGCGCUACAGUUAUGACCUUAAUGGGAAUAUAAAUCUGCUCAGCCACGGGACAAGUGCCAGACUGACGCCACUGCGCUAUGACCAGAGAGAUCGCAUCACACACCUUGGCGAGCUACAAUACAACGUGGAUGACGAUGGCUUCCUUCGCCAGCGAGCAAACGACCUGUUUGAGUAUAACUCCAAUGGCCUGCUGACUCGCGUCUUCAACCGGGUCACUGAGCGCACGGUCUGGUACCGCUACGACGGACUGGGUCGGCGUGUGGCCUCCAAGAGCAGCCAGGGCGAACAGCUGCAGUUCUUUUAUGCCGAUCUAUCGUACCCCACCAGGGUGAGCCACCUGUACAAUCACAGCAGCAACCUGAUCACCUCGCUGUACUAUGACCUUCAAGGCCAGCUCAUCGCUAUGGAGCUGAGCAGUGGGGAGGAGUACUACGUUGCCUGCGACAGCGUUGGAAGUCCGAGGGCCGUAUUCUCCAAUAAGGGUCGACUGGUGAAAGAGAUCCUCUACACCCCCUAUGGAGAGGUUUACCAGGACACCAACCCUGACUUUAAGCUGGUCAUCGGCUUCCACGGAGGCUUGUACGAUCCAUUCACGCGACUGGUCCAUCUGGGCAGACGGGACUAUGACACGCUCGCUGGACGAUGGACUUCACCAAAUCAUGAGCUGUGGGGGGAGCUGAGCAAGGAGCCCAAGCCGUUUAACUUAUAUGCCUUCAAGAAUAACUGCCCGGUUGGGAGAGUGGAGGAGGUGACACAGUUUACAACAGAUAUCGGUAGCUGGUUGCAGCUAUUUGGCUUCCAGCUUCAUAAUGUUGUCCCUGGUUUCCCAAAGCCUGAGGUGAGCAGGAUGGAACAAACAUACGAACUGAUGAGGACCCAGACAAAGACACAGGACUGGGACUCCAGCAAGGUGGUUUUGGGAAUCCAGUGUGAGCUGCGGAGACAGCUGAGGAGCUUCAUCUCUCUGGAGAGAUUACCUCUGGUCUCAGAGCCUGUGGGCUCCACUUGCCACAGACCAUCUCGUCCUCCUCCUUUCGGUUCCCGGCCCUCCAUCCUCGGCCCCAGCAUCCGAUUUGCAGUCUCACACGGCCGCGUGAGCGCGGAGGUCAUCGGAGUAGCCAGCGAGGACAGCCGCAGAGUGGCGGCCAUUCUGAAUGGCGCCAUCCACCUCAGUGGGCUGAGCUUCACCGUCAACGGCUGUGACACCCACCACUUCCUCCAGUCCCGCCCCAUCGAGGAAGACCUCGCCCUGGGGUUGGGAGUCGGUGGGCGUGUCCUGGAGAGUGGCGUGAAUGUCAGCGUGUCGCAGAUGAGCGCCAUGGUGAACGGCAGGACUCGCCGCUUUGCCGACAUCACUCUCCAGCAGGGGGCGCUGUGCCUGUGCGUGCGCUACGGUGGGACAGAGGAGGAGGAGAGAGCGCGGGUGAGGGAGGAGGCGAGGAAGAGGGCGGUGGAGGGAGCGUGGGAGAAGGAGAGGAAGCGGUUGGAUUUGGGGGACGCAGGGAGCAGGGCGUGGAGCGAAACGGAGAAGCAGCAGCUGCUUAACGAAGGACGCGUUCAGGGUUACGACGGCUACUACUCCCUGCCUAUAGAGCAGCAGCCGGAGCUGUCCGACUGCUCCUCCAACAUCCACCUUAUGACACUGAGCGAGGUGGGGGGCAGGUAACAGAGACACGCAAGCAGCCCCCCACCCCACCAAAGACUGCCUGUUUCUACUCUGCUCUGAUUUGUUCUACUGUUUCUAUACUGUACCGAAAAAAGAAGACAACUACGAGGAAGAACAAGAAGAGAGAUUGGGGGAGAAAAAAAUAAAAAAAUUAAAAAAAAAUAAUAAAACUUCCAAAUGCCUUUAAUUGUGACAAAAUGAUGGUAUUUUAUUAUUAUCGUCCAGUUUCUCCGAUUUCUAACAGUGGCACAAGCAGUGUGAUUUGGCUGUGGCUUUGCUUUUUGUAUCCCAACUGACUGACUGACUAGAAGACGGACUAAAAGACUGACUGACUAUCAUUGGCUGUUUCAACACUGUUCAUCAUUUUUGGACUCUGUUUAAUAUCACUGAACUGUAAAGAUGAAUACUGUAGGCUUGCCAGUGAAUAAUCCUCUUCAUGACUCAAAUCAAGAGCUCUCCAGUUGCCAUUUGAGUUCCCACAUGGUUUACCUCGGACAUUCUAUCGUUUACAUAUUGUGUAAGAGGCCUUGUCGACUCUGACACUCCCCUUUAGAGAAGAAACCUGUGGUUUCCGCCUCUGGUGUGCUCCAACAGUAGUUUGUAUGAGUGUGUAAAAUCAAGAAUGUACAUAGCCAGUGCUUUCACACUGAAAAAAAAGUGCUAAACUGGAAAUUCUGUUGUUCAUAAGUGUGAGUAUUGUUAAUCAAUAGAAAAACAGUUACAUUUUUGCAAAGAUUAUACAUGGCUAUAGUAAAUAUUCUCGCUGACAAAGCUGACUUUAUUGGAUCACAAUGCUGAUUAAAGUUAUUAUGUGUGAAUUA